AUGUUGGAGGACACUGAGCUCACAUUCAGUGAGUCCACAAUGAGCAGCAGAGUGGCAGAGGGCCGCCUGCAGACCCUGCAGAUCUACCGCCUGCUUCAGCUAGUCCAUAAAGUGGAUAAGGCACAGAUAGAGAAGAUGGUGCAGCUCGGGGUGGAAGACCUCAUCAGUCUCACAGAGCCGAAGGACGGCGUGGGGGUGCUCCACGUGGCAGUUUCAGCCAACAAUCUAGAGCUCGUCACCUUCCUCCUCUCCAAGGGAGCAGAUCCUAACGUGCAGGACAAAAGGGGCCGCGCUCCGAUUAUGUUAGCUGCUGAGCUGGGCAACGAUCCCAUUGUGUCUCUUUUGGCCCACAGCAAAGCCAACCUGAGGCUCCUGGAUGUAGAGGGCAAAAAUGUGCUGUUCUACUGCAUCUACCCCACCAAACGCCACUGCCGCUGCCUGCAGGUGUUGCUUAAGUGCGGUGCCGAUGCCAACAGCGUGUCAGUGCAGGGGAUGCAUGUCUUUCAGCUGAUGUGUGAAAAGGCCCAGGAGUGCACCCCCCUGUGCCUCAUUAUGCUGAAUGCUGGGGCAGACCCCAAUGCAGCACACCAGAAAACUGGAGUCACAGCGUUGAUGGAGGCCGUCAAAGCAGGUUCCCUGCCGCUUGUUAGAGCUAUAAUCAGGAUGGGCGGAGACCCCAGCGCCUUUGACAGAAAGCGGCUCACAGCCGUCCACUAUGCUGCCAUGGGGGGCUUUUUUGAGGUGCUUCAGGUGCUGUCUGCAUACUCAGCAGACAUGAGUGCGAUGAGCCUUAAGGACUGCACAGCCUUACACUACGCUGCUGCCUCGGGCAAUGCAAACUGCUGCAAGUUCCUGGCACAGAGAGGUUGUAACCCUAAACUGAAGAACCGGGAAGGUUUGCUGCCGCAUCAGAUUGCCAAAGAUUCCGGUCACAACGCAGUAGCCAAGGAGCUCCGGAGGGCGGAGAGGAAGCAGGGAAAAGGCAGCGAUCCCAGCGGCACUGAGCAGAUGUCAGAGCUCUGGGCACUGACUCUCCACGACUGGUCUCAAGAGUAUGAAGCUGAACUGUGGAAAGCCUUUGGCGACAAAUCAGACACAGUUACUGCAGAGAGGUUUAUUUCUGUAUUAGAGGAGCUACAAGCUCCAGUUGAACCAGACCAGAUCCAAGCAGUCAUCUCAGCCCAUGGAGGAGACGUCAACAUCAGUGACUUCAUCAGAGGAGUCAAGUACAUCAAGAAACCGUUCCGCCUCUCCUCGUAUAUGCCUAAGAAGAAAAAGGGGGGAAAGGGAAAAAAAGGGGGCAAGAAGAAGAAGAAGGGUCCGUUUGUUCUCCCCAUGCCCAUUUGCACCCUCCCACCGGAGCUGAAGCCCCGACGAGCAGACGGAGGCCCACCCAACUUCAUGAUCAGCUCAUACUUUAACUGCUCGGACGUCCUCCGAUUCGACCCGGCUCACCCGCCGGUGCAUCCGGUGAUGAACGACUCAGGAUGGUACAUACACAAGCCACCGCCGGUCUACAUCAACGUGAACUGCUGCGUGAGAACCAAUGAUCUGGAGUCUCUGGACCACGCCUUCAGUGAAGGGGUGCCGGUGGAUGUUCAGGAUGAGUUUUACAAGACGCCGCUGAUGGUCGCGUGCUCCACUGGCAGCUAUGAGAUGGCUCAGUACCUCCUCAGCAAGGGGGCUGAUGUGAAUGUGUGUGACCAGUUCUUCUGGACCCCCCUCCACCAUGCAGCGUACGCCGGGCAGCGGGAACUCGUUGAACUUCUGGUGAAUGCCGGAGCUAACAUCGAUGCCCCGGCCCUGGGCGGAGCCACGCCCCUCAUGAGGGCCAUUGAGACGUCUCGAGUCUCCUGUGUGGAUUUCCUCAUCGAGGCGGGUGCCAGUGUGCUUGCAGAGAACAAGAGAGAGCAAAGCUGCCUUGAUGUUGCCAGAGAUUUUGCAAACCCUGUAAUAAUCGACUUGGUCAAACAAAAGAUGGAUUCUCUGCCUAAACCAAAGGACAAAGCAAAAGGAAAGGGGGCCGAAGCUAAAAAGCCUAAAGCGACUAAAGCCAAGGUUGCUGCUGCAAAAGUCGCUGUGCAAGCAGAGACAUCGUCUGCAGCAGCAGAGAAGACUCCACCCCAGAAGGAUUCAAAUAGUGUCGUCCUGCAGAACACCAGCAUCACGACUGGGAAAACCAAAAUCGUGGACAUCACCUUUGUGCCAAAGACGGUUUGGGGGAAGCCGCCCACCACCAGCCAGCUGAUGUCAAAGAUAGAGAGAAGGAAUAAGCACCCAUCCCUCGAGGUGGACUUUGACGACCUCGUGAUGCCUUUCAGCCACGACCUCCAGGGCACGAUGCUGGAGCUAACAAACACCGCGGAGUAACAGGCAGCGAGGUUAGACAGAGGCUGACAUCUUGGACUGAAACUGGCCGCUUAUCAUAAUUGUGGAUAUUUCAUCUUUUCCACAUGGCUUCCUUUUUUCUGCCUUG